GUUAUCGUGGAUACGACCGUAGGAGAGAUCGAAAUUGAGCUGUGGUCGAAAGAAACACCCAAAACAUGUCGGAACUUCCUCGCGUUAGCCAUGGAGGGCUACUAUGAUGGCGUGAUAUUUCAUCGGAUCGUGCCGGGAUUCCUGGUUCAAACUGGAGAUAAAACUGGGACCGGGGGCGGCGGAGAGUCGUUCUAUGGAGAACCAUUUGAGGAUGAGAUCCACCCUCGACUACGAUUCGCUCACCGAGGCCUUGUGGCGAUGGCAAACAAUGGGACGAAGAAUUCGAACGAUUCACAGUUCUUUAUCACACUUGAUCGUGCGGACGAGCUUCAUGGGAAGCAUACACUAUUUGGGCGAGUU